GGAAAGGCUGCGCGCGCCGCGGCAGGUGCUGCGGGCAGGUGGCGGCGCGUCGAGCGGCUGUGCCCUGCAGAGACAGCCUGUGGGCGCAGCUUCCUUCUCUGCCGCUUCUGCCAUGGGCAUGCAUGGACGACCCGUUCACCGUGAGCCUUGACCCUGCUGGCUUUCCCAGGUGGCCUCACGCCCCCACCCAGGGCCUGCCAGCCCUGCCGUUGCUUUCCCAUUUCUAAUGCGCUUAAUCCUCAUGGAGCCACAACUGUAACCAUGGCGACGAGGGUUGAAGUUGGUUCUAUGACAUCCCUAAGGACAGGGCCCAGUCUUGGUGACAUCAGCAAGGAGGAGACACUGAAGAGGACCUACUUCUGGCAAGCUGGGGACACCCCUGGGGCUCCCUCCACCCACAUCCUAGAAGGAAAAAGCCCCCUACGGACCUCGACUUGCCUCUUCCCUCUGCCCACACUUCCUCCCAAGCCUGUCUCAAAGGAACAGGGCCCUGAGGGGAAAGCCCCUGCCUCAGCUUUGUGGCCUUGUCCCACCCGGCCCUGUCCUUCAACUGCAAUAGACAAGGAAGCCAGAGAGGACUUUUGUGGAAAGAUGCCUACCUUGGCCAGGCAGGAGGUGGGCAGCGGGGAGGUCCUGCACAGUGACCCAUCUCUACCCAGCAAAACCACCUUCCCAAGGCCUGGCCCCAGCACCGUGGUCCUCUUUGAAAGUACCAAAGCUGGACCCACCCUGGGCAGAAGGACCAGUGAGGGGACCCGAGAGGUCAGCACCCAGGUAGCCCAGGAUCCUCCCUUCAGCACCAGGCCUGAGGUAGUCACCAAGCCCUCUUUGCCUGCCCGAAAGCCCCCAGGGACUCUUCCCCGGCCAGCCUCCCUGUCUCAAAACAUUCGGUCCACUGCAUCCCAGGAGGAGGCAGGCCGGGCCCAGCCUUUGUCAAAGGCCGGGAGUGUGGAGGACCCCUCUGGCUGCUCUGUAGAACCCAGACCCCAUCCAAAGAGAAGGCCUGUGUCAGCUGUGUUCAGUGAGUCGCUGCAGCCUCCAAAGCCAGGACCGGGAGGAGUGGGAGAGAAAGUACCCCCUACCCCUCCCGAGAAGACAUGGAUGAGGAAGCCCAGGCCUUUGUCCAUGGACCUGACUGCUCCUUUCGAGAAUAAAGAGGCCUUGCUGAAGAAGAUAGCCAAUGAACAGAGCACAGCAGGGCUCCAGGGCUCAGAGAGGGCCAGCAUAGAACCCAAGGGGGAUGCAGAGGGCUCUGUUCACAAAGCUAUCCCUGGGGACCCUGAUUCACAUGUUCUGGAAGUAACCAAGAAGCAUCCAGAAUGGAAGAAGAUGCUUUUUAAGCAGAAGACAGAAAGCCCCACAAGCCCUGGGGGCUGGGCUAGGGUCACCUCCAGAGAUGACCAGAGUCUCCAGGAAGAGAAAGGCAGGCCGGAUCAGCAGUCAGAGAAGGUGCCGGAAUCUCCUAUGCCCAGGCCUGGAAGAAGCCUGGGGCUGGCUGAGGUCAAGGAUGGAGGGUCUGAUUGGGAGACCUUGGCAGGGACAGAGAGGAGGCCUAUAGGGAGCAUCAGGAAUCGCCUCAGCAUGUUUGGAGAGGAGAAUGCUGCAGCCUUGGAGGUGGCGUCUGAACCUAUCCCAGCCACCUCGGAGUCCCCAUCCAUGGCACCAGAGCCUGAGAGAGCAGGCAUGAAUGUCCAGGCUCGGAUCAAAGUCUGGGAUGCUGAGGGCACUGAGGGAAAGCUGGAGAUCAAGAGAAAGGUGCCCCCGGCGCGGCCAGUGUCUGCAGAUAUGACCAAACUGUUCUCAAGUUCAGCUUCAAGCAGUGAGGCCAGGAACGAGAAAUGUGCUGUGCUGGGGGGCAAGCUUCCUGGCGAAAGGAGAGAAAAGCCUAAGGAAAGUAGUGGUUUGGAUGGUGGACCUUCCCCAAGAAGUCUCUGGAAACCUGUGGUACCCCAGAAGUCCAGGCAGACUGAGCAGUCCAGGCAGACAGAGCCCAAAGAUGCCUCUAAUGAGGACCCUGACAGGUAUCAAGGUGCUCACACAAGGGGAGACUCAGGCCCUUCAGAAAUUACUCCCGAAGAUGAUGGAAGCUUCCAGAAGGUGUGGGCCACAGUGUUUGAACAUCAUGUGGAAAGACACACAGUGGCUGACCAGGCAGGCUGUUGUCUCCCAGCCAUACCCCCUGGUGAUGUGACUGAUACCCCACAGCCCAGACCCAGGCCUAAGAAAGACUCCUGGCUAGAGAAGGACCCUGCAGGAGUGACAAACCCCAGGCGAGAAAGCCACAGGUGUUCCAACGAUGCUGAACAUGGGACCCUUCUGGACGUUGAGCCGAGACAAUAUCCCACACCUGUCCUUGAGACACACCCCCCAGGGAAGAAGCGCAACAGUUGCUCCUUCCUUAAGCACACAGAGAGUCCUCCCGUGCCUCAGAGGAUUGAGCCCAAGUAUGACUUUGUGCAUGCCGAAGGCAAGUGUGCACACAGUGAAGCCGUGUCCCCUCCAGUAGAGAAGGCUGUGUUGCUGCGUAGCAGGCCCCGACUCUCGCUGCAGGGUUGGCAGCUGUCAGGUCACACAGGGGCCGUCCACAGGGCCAGUUUGAUAUGGGAAACUCGAGGACGGGAGACCAGUGGGCCAAAACUUGACCUCCAAGAGUCAAGGGAUAUGUUUGGGGACAGUUGCCCAUCCCCCAAAUGGACAGGAGGGGCAGUGGCAAGCUGGCAAAGUGCCACUGUGGUCAGCAAAGCCAGUACUCCUGAGAGGGGUCCAGCUUGGGAUGGCCCUCCAGACCCUCCAUCCAGGGCCAACAGUGAGCCCUGUGACGUGUCAGUGCAGGCAGGGCUGGACACUUUGUCUCUGCAGAAAAGUACCCUGCUCACCAGUAAGAGCAAUGCAAGGCUGGUCCAGAUGCUCGAGUCUGAAACCAGGAUGCGGAGGCCCAGCCCCUCAGAGCCAAGGCUGGACCGGUGGAGGCGGAGGACUUUGCCUCACGAUGUGAAGUUUGAUGUGUUCAGCGUCCUGACUCCAGAGAGCACUCCCAGAGGACAGCAGAGCCCACCAGAUGAAUCCACCUCCCCAAUUGGUGCCUUAAAGAAGCCUCCACUCUCCCCCCAUCAGGCACAGACACAGGAGGUGACCACAGGUGCCUCACAAAGCAGGGCUUUACCAGCAGAGAAGCCAGGGCUGUCCACUGAACCCACGGCGACUUUCUUUGCAGUCACCUAUCAGAUUCCCGAUGUUCAAAAGGCAAAGAGUAUUGUUAAGUCAGGGCCUGAAAACUUUCGGGAACCUUCUAGAAAAAUUCUUCCACCUCCAUUGCCUCAUUCGUCAGUGUCUACUUUGACUUCUCCUAGCUGUGACGAGUCUCAGGCCCCUGCCAGCAUUAAGAAUCUGUUUGAGGGGAGGGAAUGUGAAGAGGCAAGGAAUAGUUUGAAGCAUCCAAAGGUCAUAGACCGGCCAUCACCUGUUGGAGACAUGGUUCUGGAUUUUUCCAGGGACAGAAUUGUCAAUACUUUGCAGAUUCACCGGGAAUCAAAGGAUCAGGCUGAGAAGGACAGCAUGAGUGAGAUGUCCCCAGGCAGCAGGGAUGCCCUGGAAACUGCCCCGAUCCUGAGGACCCGGUCCAAAGCCAGCACUAUAAUCAGGAGGAGGACUGAAGUGAUCAGUGGGACAUUCUCAGGGAAGAUGAGAGAUGGCUCCAGGUCCAACAUCCUUGACAUCGAUGCUCUGAUGGCCCAGUACAAGGAGCAGUUACCUAGAGACCUCAGCAAGGUCCAGGAGUGGAAGAACAGUUCCCCUGCAGAGCCUAGCAGUUCCUCUCAGGAGAAACCUGGAAAGCCUGGUGAGGCAGAGUGGGGAUGGAGAGACCCAAAGGAGGGUCCCCAGGCAGAGAAUCUCUGGAAGUCAGUGGGGGCAUCUGAGAAAACACACCGAUCCACCCCCGGGUCCAGCAAGCAGCUGGCAGAGCCUCCCAGGGCAUCUGUGACCACCAAGUCUGGCUUGCCACUGUGGGCACCACCACCUUUGGUGCCUGUUGAAAACCAUCCUGCACCCUCUCCUGCCCCUGCUGGUCCCAGGAAAAAUUCCCCAGGAAUCUAUGAGCAUGAAAACAAUGCCUUUGUCAGUGAGUACCCGGGGGCAAAUGUUCGGCAUGGCCCAGCCAGAUCUCAAGACCCAGGCAAUAGUAUCAGAAUGUCCGUCAGGUCAUCUCCCUCUGACCAGAAGAAAGACACCCCAAGGAGAUCCACUGGGUGGAGAGUGGAGGGCAGUGGCGCCCAGUGGGGUGACCCCCCAGGUGACUGUGCAUGGUCACCACUGACUAUCAAGAGAACCUGCUCAGACAAGGGCCCACCGGCCAGGGUCCAGGAGGGUCUGUCUGCCAUGCAGGACGCCAGGAAGCGACGGCAAGAGCAGCCCAGAGAGAGGCUGCGCCUCCCCACUGACCCCAAGGCCACAGUGGGGUCCUGCUGGAGGGAGCUGAGGAUGCCAGAUGGUCCUAAGGUGCCACUACAGAGCCUGGAGCGGGGCGAUGGCCUGCAGGGUGAGGGGCAGCUUGUCCAACAGGUGUGCCCUGUGGUCCCUGCCCCCCCGAGUCACAGCUUUUGUAAGGACAAGAAGAGCGGGCUUUCUGUGGAUCAGCUGAAGCAGUGCUUCUCCAGGCGGGUGCCCGAGGCCAAGGAUACUGACACCCUCGUGCAAGAAGCUGACAGCCAGUAUGGCACCUGGGCAGAUCCACGCCAGAGUGAGGACAGCGUGGCCCCCGAGUCCCCGUCCCCUGACAGCAGUGCAUCAUCAGCCCGGAGGCAGCCCACAGGCAGCCACCUGUCCUCCUUGUCCUCCCACACGGAACCCACCUCAGCAGACCAGCGAGACAGCUCCAGGGAUCGGCGAAACUCCAGUGUGGACCGCUCCAGUUCCGAGUUGGAGUCCACAGAUGGUCCAGAGGGACCACCGGACACCUGCCCUGCAGAGAGACGGGACGACUUCUCCUUCAUCCAUCAAACCCCAGUCCUUGACUCCAGUGCCCUCAAGACCCGGGUGCAGCUGAGCAAGCAGGGCCGUCGCCGGGCGCCCAUCUCCCAUGCACUCAGGCGCAGUCGGUGCAGUGAGUCAGAGAGCCAGUCUGCACUUGAAAAGGAGUUGGACAGCAUGUGGAUGUUCAAGGACUCCACAGAAGAAAAGUUGUCCAGGAGGGAUGACUCAGAUGAGGAGCCAUCCAGAGUGGUGAAGAUCCCUGUCAGCCAUCCACACAGGAUGCCUAUGUUCCCAGGCAUGGACCCCGGAGUGCUGAAGGCUCAGCUGCACAAGAGGUCAGAAGUGGACAGUCCCAGUGAGACCCUCAGCUGGGCACCCCAGCUCAAGACCCCCAAGUCACCCUUCCAGCCUGGGGUUCUGGGCAGUCGUGUGCUGCCUUCCAGCACAGAGGAGGAGAGGUCAGAGGAGCCCUCGCCCCAGUGGUUAAAGGAACUGAAGUUCAAGAAGAGGCAGAGCCUGUAUGAGAAUCAAGCCUGAUCAGACUGGACAGCGCCACCUCCAUCAACAGAGGCCUUAACCUCCAGAUAUCUGAUGUGAGAGCCCACAGAGCCCGCAGAGCUGAGCCACCUGCUCCUCCACGGCUGCUUCCAUGCCUAGGCCUUUCUGCCCUGGGACCACUGUGCUGAGCCUCAUUCUGGUUCCACAGGAAGGCUGGCCUGCCACCACCACCUGCUCCAGUCCUCAGAGGGAACUUUCAGAAGUGUCCAGGCCGGGCGCUUGGCCUUUCAUGUGAAAGGUGGCCUUUCUGCCAUCUUCAGACACCUCACAGGGCUCUGGAUGGUCAGGGGGAGGCCAGAGGACUGUCUCCCUCAGUUGGGAAAGGGACUCCUGGCCCUGCACCCCCAGGCUGUUCCUUUGGAAGGUCAUUAACAAGAAAGUUCGAACUGUUCACUUCCUGCUAGGGCCAUGAUCCAAGGCAUUAUCCUCCAGGGUUGGGGGUUUGACUUUUUUUUUUCAAUUUUAGACAGGCACUUCCAUACCCAGACAGGAAUCAGCAUUUGAAAUUUAUAAACACUUGCCCCUCUCCCUGAUUCUGUUGGACAUACUCAUUCUUCCUGAGGGGCUGUGUGCCCAGCUGACCUGUGUCACUGAAACACUUUUAUGUUUGCUUUAGAAGGUGAUAAAGCAAUAAUAAUCAGCCAAUCUUUGAAACUUGAUAUGGAUAUAUGUUUUUAGGUUAAAAGACGGCAGGAAGGGAGUGUGAGAGUUCAGUGUCUAGUUACCUCGUUACUCAUCCCUAUAGAAGCAUUUUACAAGUUCCAGUUCUUACCCUUGCACACCCCAGCGACUUUCCUUUGGGGCUCUUAUUUCUAUGGGGUGGCCUUUGCUCCUCAGCCCUGUGUCAUAUACAACAGCCCCAUCAGUGGUGUCCAGGUCACUCAAAUACCAGCCUUGCCAGGGUGUCUUUCUCUGUCUUUUUUCUGAACAUGUGUCCUGCUAGAGGGAGACCCUGACUAGGUCAGCCUCAGAAUAGCUUCGGGAACAAGGGUUUCUUUUGUUUUUUCCAUCCCCCCUCUCCACCUGCAGAUAUGACUCCCCCCAGCCCAGUGCUGUCUGUUCUUGGUCCAGGUUCCCAUUUUACUCCGAGCCCUUCUGUGGCUGGGAGCACCGGGCCAGAUGCUGAGCCACAAGGAGACAUCAAGUCUCUUGCUUCUUGCUAGCUGUGUGCUCAUUCCUGGGCAUCUCCAUGUUUCUGUGCUCUGGAUACCUUCAACUCCAUCUUGCUUUAUUUUCGGAAUCCUCAACCCAGUUUCUGAAACCCAUGUUCUAGUCACCCCAGACGUGCCCGCUUGCACCUGGGAAACCUAUGCUUUCCUUUCUUUUCCUUCUGCCAUAUUUGCCUUGAGAGACCCCUGGUGAUGGGCUCGGGCAGUUCCAGACCAGCCUAUGGUUGUGCAGGGUCUGGGGUUGACUGUUCUAAGAAUGCCUGCAUGUCACUGCUAGAUAUUAUGCCCCCCAGCCCAGAUUUCUGAGGUGAAAGUUGUUCUUGAUAAAUCUGUUAUUGCAAAUGGUGUCAAAGCUGGCCUCUCCCCUCCCUGGCUGCCUCUCUGACUUCUCAUCUCUGCCCCGUGUCUCAUCAAAGCUUCGUGUGUCUGGGUUAGGGCAAUCACCUGUUCCCAUGGUAAAUGGUGAGACAGACAGAAAAGCCCCACCCACAUCCCACCCUGGGUACCCUGCUACUCACCCCAUCAGCACCCAGCCUCUUGCAGGGGCAGCCUUACACAUCUGUGUUUGUGAGUCUGGCCCUUUGUCACACCAGCCCACCUUCUCUCCUUCCCUGAGCUAGUGGUCAGCGGGUGUCCAUCCUCUGAAGUCACUUGGAGGUUCUGUCACUCCAGAUGUGCCUUGCUCACUAGUUCUAGGUUUUUGUUUGUUUAGUUUUGAGAUCCAUUUUGUGUUUUACAGUAAUUUUGAUAUAGUGACCAAGUUCAAGGACUUCCUUUAAAAAAUACUGCUAGGGGCUGAGGUAUGGGGCUCAGUUGGCAGAGUGUUUGCCUAGCUUACACAACGCCCUGGAUUCCAUCCCCAGUACCACAGAAACCAGAUGUAGUGGUGAACACCUAUAAUCCCAGCACUCAACAGGCAAAUCUGAAG